UAGUUUUUUUGUCAACAAUCGCAGUGACAAACCCCAAUUGCGACUUGCGCCUCGCGCUGGCAUUGUUUUGAGCUAUGAGCAGUCGGGCAUGAGUAAACAACGUCGACUUUUGGUUAAACAAAUCAUCAAAUCUUUUAACGUGGUGCUAGUGGCUUUGCUAAUGUACAAUUUGUGGCGUCACAAGUGGACUAAAGUAAAUUUCAAUUAGCCAU